AUGGAGCUGGGAACAAUUGACGCCACGAAGAAGAUCAAGGAUGCGAUCGGCGAAAACUUGCCCGCAGGUACCAUCCACGUGCUGGUGGACUCUCCCCUCCGACAGUUCGAGUGGUGGAUUAGGCUUGACAUGAAGACAAUCGCCAACUUUCGGCCGUACGAGGAAGUUGCGGAGCGUCUGAAGGACCACCCUGAGGUCAAGGAGCUGGAGCAUCAACUAUUGAGUCUGGUUCCUGGUAUGCGCACACUUCCGUCCCCCUUUGUCAUGAUCGAGUGCUCGUCGGGCAUGGGGAAGACGCAAAUGGCGUUCAAUCUCCAGGCGAGUGGAGCGUUCGAUGUCUUCCACAUCGUCCGCGGCGCGGCGGGGGACAGCGAGCAGGCGGUUUACAAGCCGCUUCACGGUCGAUCGAUGGCGUCCAACGUGUGA